AUGUCCCGACAACAUCUUUUGGAUGAGAUUGUUCUGGCCGCAAGACAACGGAAAAAAAGCACGACCGUUCAUGUUCAAGAUGAGAAUGAGAUCAUUCUUGACAAGAGUUAUAAGACUCCCCUCACACAACAUUUUUCAAACUUGUUUAAUAAUCCAUGUUUGAGUGAUUUUAAAUUUAUUUUGAAAAGAUCAACAAGAAUUGAUCCGAAUGAUGAUGGCAUUAUGAAUGAUCAACUCUUGGAUCCCUACGGAAAUCGAAGACUCAAUGAAAUAUUCGUUCAUAAAUUUGUUAUUUAUCAAUCCGAAGUUUUUAAAGCCUUGCUCGAGAGCAAUUUAUUGGAACAACAAACCAAUGAAAUGGUGAUUGAGGAGAAUGAAGAAAAUGUGGAUGCCUUUACAGCAAUGGUUGCCAUCCUGUAUGGAAAAUAUGUUCCAUGUGUUGAAGAAAUGUCUCUUGAUCAUAUUUUGGAGUUACUGACUUGCCUAGACAAGUAUCAACUGGAAGAUAUUGAAAAAGUCAUCAUUCAUUUGUGUAUUCAAGAAAUUGAGAAAGGUAAUCCAAAUUUCCAGCCUACUUGUGCGUUAUGGCUUUGGCAUGCUGUUUGUGCAAAAGGACCAAAUAGGUCAUUGAAAUCAUGCAUUGAAAAACACUUUAUACGACCUGUUUGGUCCAAAGAAUAUCAUUCGGCAUUGAUUGUUGGCCAAAAAGAUUUUCAAUUAUUCAUUUCAACACUAGAUUUUGAUUCAUUUUCAAUCUUUCUUGACGAAUUUUGUGAUUCAGUUUGUGUGAUGAGAAAAGUAUGCGAAGAUAUCCAAAAGUGGGCUCAAAACCCAUCACAUGACAGUCGUCGAACACAUGAACUCAUUUCGAUUGUUUUAAAAAAAACAAAACUUUAA